AUGGUCGUGAGGCGUUGCCUUCCUGCUCGCGCGGUGUGGUCGUGCGCGGCUUACGGUUGUAAAACUUCGGAUUGGUCGACCGCGGGACGAUGCUUCCCGGGUCGGUAUGUGAGCUCGGCCGUGCGUUCAGGGGACGGAGUGUCCGGACAUUGGCCGAUCAUGGGAUGGAUGUUCCUCGGUCGGCCAUUCCACACGGUCUGGACGCUGUUUCUCGUCAACUACUCCUACCUCGUGAAUGAUAGAGCACAUGGAGCAAUAAUACCUGAAAGAGGAAUCAGGCAAGGCGACCCACUGUCGCCAUAUCUCUUCAUCUUGUGUGGAGAGGUCUUAUCAGGACUAUGCCGGAAAGCUCAACUCAAUGGUAGAUUGCCAGGCAUAAAAGUAGCCAGAAGAUGCCCUCCAGUGAAUCAUCUCCUCUUCGCGGAUGACCCAAUGUUCUUCUGCAAGGCAAGCAGACGAAAUUGUGACGCUCUGGUAAACAUCCUAAAAAACUAUGAAACAGCAUCAGGGCAAAAGAUCAACGUGGAAAAAUCAUCAAUCACCUUUGCCAAUAAGACUAAUGGAGAAACGAAAACAAUGGCAAAGGAAAUUCUGGGAAUCGCAAAAACUGGAGGCCAAGGGAACUACCUGGGCUUGCCCGAACAUUUUGGAAGACGAAAAAAGGACCUUUUCUCCAUUAUUGUCGACCGUAUAAGGAACAGAUUAGUUAGCUGGUCAACCAAGUUCCUGUCUGGAGCAGGGAAGAUGACGAUGCUGAAGUCAGUCCUCUCAGCUAUUCCAACGUAUACGAUGUCCUGCUUUAAAUUGUCAAAAAGCCUCUGCAAAAGAAUACAAUCAGUGAUGACACAUUUCUGGUGA